GUGGCUAUAUAUAGGUACACUUGUAACAUCUUCUCCCAUCCCCACCCUACUCCUCACUUCACCCCCAAUUCCGCACACCAUAGAGAGAAAAAGACAAAAAUCUCUUUUAUCCAAUUGCAAUUUGCAUAGCAACAUGCCUUCUUCUGCUUCUGCACCUACCUUGCUCUCCAAAUGCACUGUCUUCCCAGACCAACCCUCAACUCUGGGAAACCUCAAACUCUCCGUUUCGGACCUUCCCAUGUUGUCCUGCCACUAUAUCCAAAAGGGUUGUCUCUUUACCCAACCCAGUAUUCCACUCCACACUCUAAUUCCUCUUCUUAAAUCCGCACUCUCUCGCACACUUUCUCUCUUUCCACCUCUAGCUGGCCGUUUAACCACCGAUUCCCACGGUUACGUUUACAUCGCUUGCAACGACGCCGGCGUCGAUUUCAUACACGCCAAUGCCGCCGCCCUCCGCGUCUGCGACCUACUGUCCCCACUCGACGUCCACGAAUGCUUCAAGGAAUUUUUCACCUUCGACAGAAAAGUCAGCUACACCGGCCAUUACUCCCCGAUUCUCGCCGUUCAGGUCACCGAACUCGCUGACGGCCUCUUCAUCGGCUGCGCCGUCAAUCACGCCGUCACCGACGGCACCUCCUUCUGGAACUUCUUCAACACCUUCGCCCAUCUCUGCAGAGCAUCGAGUAAAAGCUUCCGCAAUAUACCGGACUUCCACCGCGACUCAGCUCUGAUCUCUGACGCCGUCCUCCGCCUACCCGAGGGCGGUCCUCAGGUCACGUUCGAUUCUCACGCGCCGCUGCGCGAGAGAAUCUUCAGCUUCAGCCGCGAAGCGAUUCAGAAGCUGAAGGCAAUGACGAACAACCGCCGAUGGCCGGAGAACAACGGCACGGCCGUCGAGUUGAUGCGGAAGCAAAGCAACGAUCAGUUUCAUCACGCGAAGGAGAACAACGGCAAGGCCGGCACAAUUCUGGAGAACUGGUUCAAGGUGAAUUCGAAUUCGAAACCGCAAACGGUUACCGAAACAGUGGAGAUUUCGUCGUUUCAAUCAGUGUGCGCGUUGCUGUGGCGCGCGGUUACGCGCGCUAGGAAAUUGCCUGCUUCCAAAACUACGACGUUCAGAAUGGCAGUUAACUGUCGUCAUCGAAUGGAACCAAAAUUGGAACCGUACUACUUCGGGAACGCGAUUCAGAGCGUUCCAACGUAUGCUUCUGCCGCUGACGUGUUAUCGAGGGAUCUACGGUGGUGCGCGGAGCAGCUGAACGCAAACGUGAAGGCGCACGACGACGCCAUGGUGCGACGCUUCAUAGACGAUUGGGAGCAGAAACCCAGGUGCUUUCCUCUCGGGAACCCUGACGGUGCAUCCAUCACUAUGGGUAGUUCUCCGAGGUUUCCAAUGUACGAUAACAACUUCGGGUGGGGGAGACCUCUGGCGGUGAGAAGUGGAAGAGCGAACAAAUUCGACGGUAAGAUCUCGGCGUUUCCCGGAAGAGACGGAACAGGGACCGUCGAUUUGGAAGUGGUUUUAGCGCCCGAAACCAUGGAAGCGCUGGAAUCUGAUCCAGAAUUCACGAAAUAUGCAACGUGUCAGUUGUGACACGUGUCGAAAGGUGGUGCAUCCGGCGUAACUACUUGCUCGCAUGGUCACGUCAUGCUCGUGUUGGGAGGAGGACUGGUUGGAGCGGUGAUGAUUUAAUUCGGGAUUGGGGGCUGUAUCAUUGUGACAUAAAAUGUUAUUUUUUUAGCGUUUUUUAUCUGUUUUUAAUUGAGUAUGAUGUCGUCCAUGUUUUUCAGCUUAUCAAAAUGGUUUCCCUAUUCUCUUCGAGCA